AUGGCACGCUCUGCUGUAAGCUUUGUGUCACGGUUCAUGGAGAAACCCCAAGAAGAACACAGGGUUGCAGUCAAGCGCAUCUUCCGCUACCUACAAGGUACCAAGAUGCAUGGAAUCUGCUACAAGCCAAGUGCGAAGAUCGACUUUCGUGGCUAUUCAGAUGCAGACUGGGCCGGUGACCUUGCUGAUCGCAAAUCGACGUCCGGCUACGUCUUCAUGCUAUUGGGUGCUCCGGUGAGUUGGGGCAGCAAGAAACAGCCAAGUGUGUCACUGUCUACAAGCGAAGCGGAGUACAUCGCGCUCAGCUUGGCGAUCCAAGAAGGCAAGUGGAUCAAUCGCUUGCUGUGCGAGAUCAUGGCGGCUGCAAACGAAGAAGGACCCGAGCUCGUCAUCCGUGAAGACAACCAGUCGUGCAUCAAGAUGACGAAGAAUCCGGUCAACCACGGCCGCGCUAAACACAUCGACAUCAAGUACCAUCACAUCCGUGAUGAAGUCAAGCGCGGCGAAGUGAAGCUUGAAUACUGCGAGACGACGUUGAUGUUGGCGGACAUCAUGACGAAGGGACUUCACGUACCGCGUCACAAGGACUUGACGGCGGCGCUUGGCAUCCGUGCGUGUUCGGAUUGA